AUGGCUGCCGGGACGAUCUGGUUACCCAGCAACAGCACAGCUGCUUCCGACGCUUUUAGAGCCUCAACCUUCCGCGUUAAAGAAAGCAGCCCACAAAGCAAGCGUUGCAGCGCCGAAGCCACCUCACCCCCACAAGGAGAAUGCUGCGCGUGUGACCAAAUAGCGAGGACUUACGUUGCUAGAGACAAGCCCCGACGCUACCACAAGCCUCCCUCUCUUCGCACCGCCCAGCCUCCCAAGAACCCCCCCCCCGCUUCAAACGGUCACGAAGCACAAAUUCCACGCGACCUCGACUUGAAAUAA